AUGAUGGAAAUUACGCCACGCCAGCCUCGCUCGACGACAUCCUUUCCCCCCUACGAGCGCUCCGCUGCACGCUUCGUCUGCGACACCAUGCCAGGCGAAGGCGACAUGUUCGACGGCGCACGCGAGGCGUGCGAGCAAGUCAAAGCGAUGCUCAUGCAUGGCGAGAUGGACGCUUUGUUCCGCCUCGCCGCCCACCCACGUGUGUACUUUCGCCGGCUGUGGCACGAAGGUCAAUACGCGAACUCGCACGGUUUCGGGCUGAGUAAACUCGUAGAUGCUGCGCUGCAAGCGUAUAUAUGUCUCAAUGUGAUGACUCUGAAGCCGCAGUUGUAUGACGCCGCCACCCUUGACGCUUUCGUCGCGAGUGAGACAGCGGCGGGCCGGAAACCGUACGGAAAAGAGGAGUACGAUUAUCGGUUGACAACGGCGUAUCAGAAAAUGCUGCUGCAUUGCACAGGCCUGCCGUAUGGACACCGCUGCGAGGCCCAUACGUUUCCGCAUCGCGAGUACUUCGGCGUGCCGAGAGGGAUGUACCGUUUCGAAUACGACGACACGCAGUAUGGCCGCUGGCAGAAGUGUAAUCUCGGGACGCAGCGCGUUGAUGAGCUUGCUCAUGGCAGCUUUGAAGGCGUUCACGUUCCUUCGAAACUAGAUGUCGCGUCUGUACUCAAUAUGCUGGGGAAGAAAGGUCUUCCAGCUAAACUCGCGCUUCAGAUGUUGGAUCUGGCGGGAUACGUCUCAGUCGGGCGUCUGCCUGUCCGCGACGACCCGUUGCAUGCUUCGAACGCAGAGGAGUUGAGAAUGUAUUUAAGUUAUUGCUGGAAGCUGCUUACCAGAAUUGACAUGCUAUGUAAAGCGGGUGUCAAUGGGGGGCAGCUAAAUUGGGAGGCCGAAGUCAGUGAUGCGCUGUACACGCUCUUUGACAUGCCUUCUCAUUCACUUUUUGAGAAUGCGAUCUGCGAGCAGGAUUGUAUUGGUUGGAGGUAUCGGAGGAGGGUUGUUAUAGUGUAA